AUGGCGCUAAACACCUUGUUCUCCAGCAGCCGACUCCUGUCACUAACUCUGUGUAAACCACAUGAGUAUGUUCUGAUCCAAGAGUUAGUGACGUGGGAAAAAGCACAAGAUUACUGCAGGAAAAACCAUAUCGACCUGGCCACGGUUCAAAGCGAUGAAGACUGGACGAAUCUGAGAGAAGUCGCAGUCGAAAAAGGGUUUUAUGGAUUUGCCUGGAUUGGGCUCUACGAUGACAUCAACAGCUGGCGAUGGUCUUAUCAGGAUGAGAGCCUGGAGUUUAAGUCCUGGUUUCCCGGUCAGCCAGAUAACUACGGUACUGGAGAGGAGUGUGUCACAAUAUUUUCUGAUCAAUACUGGAAAGAUUACAAGUGUGAUAACACAAGAUAUUUCGUGUGUAGCGACGAAAGUGCCAAUGCAACAGAGAAUAUUAUUUUAAUCAAAAAGGAAAAGACAUGGCUUGAUGCUCAGAAGUACUGCAGAGAGCAUCAUACAGACCUGGUUACCAUUAGGAGGCAAGCUGACAACAGUAAGGUUGCAAGCUUAACAAAUCUUAUUUAUGAGCCCUGGAUCGGACUGUACCGGGACAGCUGGAAGUGGUCAGAUCAGGCCAUCUUUACUUCCUCAACUGAACUUGCCGUUCAGAGACUUAACUUGAUGAACGAAGACUGUGCUCCUGCAAAUUAUUAUCGUACUAUUGAGGAUGACUAUUGCACUGCACUUCAUUACUUCUACUGCAGCACAGUCAAGAAGAAGCAGCAGGUGAUCCGAGUGCAGGUGAAAGCCAGUGAGAACGCAGACGACGCUACACUGAGUGCACUCGUCUUACGCAAGUUACAGCAGACGCUGGGCGAUCAGGACGUCACACUGACAUGGAAGAAACAACCGAACGGAAAAGUCUUCCAGAAGAAAAAGACUGUGGGAAAAAGUAGUAAUGCCAAUACUCCAGUUUGCUCUCGUUCUUCCAUGUAGUGACAUUUCUCUCAUAUUAAUGCUUCAUUUCAUUCUUAGCUACAGAUAUCUGAAUUAAACGAGAUUUAAUCACAACUUACAAGUAAUUAGUCAAAAAUAUAUUUCCAUAUAAUAAUUUUGCAUUUAUUUAGCAGACAGAUAUGUACACCUGAAUAUGAGCUAACAAAUGUAAUCACGUUUUAGCACUGUAAAAUCUUCAUGACGAUAAAAAAAAAAACAACUGAAUUAAA